UCCUUGCCUUGCUCACAGAAUACAAAGCAAGAGCUCCAACCCCAUCUCCACCAACCCUAUUCUCUCAAAACAAAAAAUCUUUUAUUUUAUUUCAAGACAGAGAGAGAUGAAUGCAGCGAUAGAAAAAUCAGUGAGCCCAGAUGGAAUAUCAAAAAUGCUUUCAAUUCCUAAACCAGAUUCAUUUACUCAUCUUCCUGAAAUCAUCCUUCAAGUCACGAAUCUUGAGCCUAAAGGCAAAUCUUAUGGGUUUGAUGCUAGUGAUGGAAAGAUGAAGAUCAAAGCGAUCUUCAGUUCACGUUUGUCAUCUGAGAUCCUCUCUGGGAAUAUUCAAAAUCUUUGUCUCAUCCGAGUUCUUGAUUAUACAGUCAAUGAGAUCCCCAGUAAAUCUGAGAAGUUUUUGAUCAUAACAAAGUGUGAGGUUGUUUCACCUGCGCUUGAGAAGGAGAUCAAGGAAGUGGUCGAACAGGAAGAAUCAGACAUGGGUAUGCCGUUGAAGAAGCCAAAGCUAGAAAAUGAAGUAAAGAGUGAAAAUAUCAAGGAAGCGAAGGGGCUUAUUUUGAAGCCAAAGCAAGAGAUUGUUGCUAAAUCUGCUGCUCAAAUUGUACACGAACAGCACGGAAAUAUGGCCCCGGCUGCGCGAAUGGCCAUGACACGGAGAGUUCACCCUCUUGUUUCAUUAAAUCCUUACCAAGGCAACUGGACCAUAAAAGUCAGGGUUACAAGCAAAGGAAAUAUGCGUACCUAUAGGAACGCGAGAGGAGAAGGGUGUGUUUUCAAUGUGGAAUUAACAGAUGGAGAUGGCACUCAAAUACAAGCAACAAUGUUCAAUGAGGCUGCAAAGAAAUUCUAUGAUAGGUUUGAGCUGGGGAAGGUUUACUACAUAUCGAAAGGGACGCUCAGGGUUGCUAACAAGCAGUUUAAGACAGUGCAAAAUGAUUAUGAGAUGACCUUGAAUGAAAACUCUGAAGUGGAAGAGGCUAGCGAUGAAGCAGCUUGUAUUCCCGAAACUAAAUUCAAGUUUGUCCCAAUUGAUCAGUUGGGUCCCUAUGUCAAUUCAAAAGAUCUUGUUGAUGUUAUUGGAAUUGUUCAAAGUGUUUCACCGACAACGAGUAUCCGGAGGAAGAGCAACAAUGAGACUGUUCCAAAGCGUGAUAUUGUUGUAGCUGAUGAGACGAAGAAGACAGUUGUGGUGUCAUUGUGGAAUGAGCUUGCAACAAGUGUGGGACAGGAAUUGCACGAUAUUGCUGAUAAAUCUCCUGUAGUUGCGAUCAAAUCCCUUAAAGUUGGAGAUUUUCAAGGUAUAUCUUUGUCCACCCUGGGCAAGAGCAUAGUGCAAGUCAACCCAGUUAUUGCUGAAUCAGAGAAGCUGAGAAACUGGUAUGAUUCUGAAGGUAAAGAGACUUCAAUGGCCUCUGUUGGCUCUGGUUUGAGCCCUUCGACCAAGAGUGGGGCAAGGUCCAUGUACUCUGAUCGAGUAUCUCUAUCUCAUAUAACAAGCAACCCAUCCUUGGGGGAGGACAAGCCUGCAUUUUUCAGCAUUAGAGCAUAUAUAAGCUUCAUCAAACCUGACCAGACAAUGUGGUAUCGGGCUUGCAAGACAUGCAAUAAGAAAGUGACUGAUGCUCUGGGGGGUGGAUAUUGGUGUGAAGGAUGCCAGAAGAAUGAUGCAGAGUGCAGCUUAAGGUACAUUAUGGUGGUAAAAGUUUCUGAUGGGAGUGGUGAAGGUUGGGUUUCUGCAUUCAAUGAAGAAGCUGAAAAGAUCAUUGGUUGCUCUGCUGAUGAACUUGACCUACUCAAAUCACAGAUAGAAGAGAACACCUACCAACAAAGAUUGAAAGAAGCCACUUGGAAUCCUCAUCUUUUGAGAAUCAGUGUCUCCCAGAACGAGUACAAUAACGAGAAGAGGCAAAGGAUGACAGUUAGGGCUGUUGCUCCAGUUGAUUUUGCUGCUGAGUCCAGAUUUUUGCUUGAAGAGAUUUCAAAGAUGAAAGGUUCUCAAUAGGAUGGAUGGAUGUGGCUUGGUUUGAUUUGUUCACAGAAGUGGUGUUUUGGGCAAUAUUAUGCAACUCUUUAAGAUUUAUUUCUGUAUGGGAAAGAGGGUAUAUUUAGUUAGACGUGUUGCUAGUUCCUAAAACUAAUGCCUGUAAUAUAUGCAUCUAGGUGAUCGGUUCAACUCACUCUCUCUCAACUGAUUUUUCAUUUUUUGUAUCACAGUGAUGCGAUAACUCCUUUCCUCUGCAA